AUGAAUAAAUUUUAUAUUCAAACCGCUUUAUUUAUUUUAAGCAUUUUCGCAUAUGCAAAUAAUGGAGCCCUUGCAGCUGAACCUGCUCCAGGAAAAGAUACAAAAGAUAUGAUAAUCUUGCCACCAGUAAGUCGUUAUGCUAGUCCAGAAGAAAUAUAUGAAGAAAGGAAGCACUUAAUAUGUCGCUGUCACGACCAUACAGAAGUGGUCGAACUUAUGAACGAUGCUACAAAACAGUUAGAAUACUAUGCUACAACCAAAGAUGGUUAUGAACCAUAUUUACAAAAUCCUACUGAUAGUAUAUCUUAUUACAUAAAAAAAUUUGACAACGAGACAAAUAUUAUAAAAGUUCAUUUAAAUAUUUAUAAUUCCAGUCAGUAUAAUGCCAUAAUAAACAGGAUAUGGAAUCGCAAAGCUCCCAAUAUUUUCAAUAAAGGCCAUGUUACAAUUGGCCAUAUUUACAAUCCAAAUUUAAUGUUUAUUCGCCAAUUUUGCGAAAAAGAUUCUAAACCCUAUCAGAAGUAUUUUUAUGCUUUCGUUUCAAAGACUGAAAUAUCAAAGGACAAAACUAUAAUUGCCAUGGCUUCAGUAGAUAUAAAUGAUAGGAACCCUUCCAAUAUAGAAUAUAAAAACCCAAUAUUAGAACGUGCAAAUUCAUUCAAAUGUACCUUUGAAAUUAUUGAUGAUAUUACAGAUGAAAAAUAUAUAACAAUAUAUGUGAACUUAUCUGGAUACCUCGUUGAAAAAAAAGGCGAUAAUCUUGAAAUCACCUAUAUCGAAUCUAUUAAGGGACAUUCUUCCAUUUAA